AUGGUCGGUAACAACGCGUUCUUUUCUUUUAACAGCUGCCCCUUCCUCGCCAGUCACCUCACCUUGGCCAUCCCCAUCAUCGCAGCUGUCCUUUUCUUCUUUGUCAUCAGCUGCCUGCUCCAGACAAGCUUCAGAGACCCAGGUAUCCUGCCCAGAGCCACGCCGAGUGAGGCCGCAGACCUGGAAAAGCGGAUCGACAGCAUGGGUACCUCUACCUAUCGCCCGCCGGCCCGCACGAUGGAAGUGGUCAUAAACAAGUAUGUGGUGAAACUCAAGUACUGCUACACCUGCAAAAUGUUCCGCCCUCCACGCACCUCUCACUGCAGCGUCUGCGACAACUGCGUCGAGAGGUUUGAUCACCACUGCCCCUGGGUGGGCAACUGCGUGGGGAAGCGCAACUACCGCUACUUCUAUGCCUUCAUCCUCUCCCUCUCCUUCCUGACAGCCUUCAUCUUCGCUUGCGUCGUCACCCACCUCACUCUGCGCUCUCAGAGAGACGGAUUCCUCACCACUCUGAAGACGACACCUGCAAGUGUGCUGGAGCUGGUGAUUUGUUUUUUCUCAGUCUGGUCUAUUUUGGGCCUCUCAGGUUUUCACACUUACUUAGUCGCCUCCAACCUGACGACGAACGAAGAUAUCAAAGGGUCCUGGUCAAAUAAGAGGGGCUCAGAGUUUGCCAAUCCCUACAGCCAUAAAAGUAUCCUCACAAACUGCUGCGCGGUGCUGUGCGGACCAUUCCAUCCCAGUUUGAUAGACAGAAGAGGAUUUAUCCAGCCUGAUGUUGGGACCCCGUCCAGUCCUAAGAGCGAAAUCCCUUCCUUCGGAGCCAAAACUGACACCAGCAUGGUAGGAGGCAUUCCCUAGCGGUGCUGUGAUGUAGCC